UUUCAUUCUUCCUUCCCAGCGCUCUCUCUCUCUCUCUAGAGGAAACAGACAAAACACUUUUUUCUCUCACUACACCGCAGAAAGGAACAAGCUUAUCUGAGUUCGCUUUCCAUCGAUUUUUCCUUCUCACCUUCCACUAUCAUAUGUUGUAUGUAUGCGUGCCUUUUCUUGCUCUCUUUGUAGCUUGUGAAUCUGUACGAUGAAGAUCGCCUUGUCCGCUGCGGAGUUUUGUAGUUUUUGCGUUGUUUGUUUUGGCUGCAGUCGGUAGAUCCAUUAACGACGGAGUAAUAUGAUUCAUUCCCGAUCUUUGGUAGAAGAUUCUACUGUUGGGAACGCUGUUGAUUAGAGUAUGUGCAGUGGACCUGAGCAAUCGAAAUCCAAUUCUUCUACUACCCAAGGGGCUGCAAUUAAGGAAACCAACAGCAUGAAGGACUUAAACAAAUUUUCCACCGAGAUUGAGGACAAUCUUUCCACUUUGCUUGAGUUUGCUGCCAACAAUGAUGCUGAAGCUUUCAGGAGAUCCAUUGAGCUUGAUUUGUCUGCAGUUGAUGUUGCAGGACUUUGGUAUGUCCACAAGAAAGGUUCUAGACAGAUCACCCAGGAUGAGAGAACACCACUGAUGAUAGCUGCGACAUACGGCAGCAUGGAUGUGUUGAAGCUAAUUGUUGCUUUACCAGAAGUUGAUUUAAAUAGAUCAUGCGGACGAGACAAAUGGACUGCUCUCCACUGUGCUGCAUUUGGAGGUCCUAUUAAUGCAGUGGACAUUGUGAAGUUGCUGUUAUCUGCCGGUGCUGAUCCAAACAUUGAGGAUGCCAGUGGGAAGCGUCCCGUUGAUUUGAUUACAGUUCAUCCAAAGCUCCCUGGUGCUAAAGCUGCUCUUGAGGACUUGCUUACAAACAGUAUUUCCGAUCUACAGGUGUCUUUGUCUAGAUCCAAUGCAUCCUCACCUGUAUUAUCUUCGUCACCUCCAGAGAGUAGAUCCCCAUGUUCUCCAACCGAGCGUCUAUCUUCUCCUACUGCCCCUAAGUUUGGUGAUACUUCUGUUAAUUUUGGCUCGGAGAAGAAACAGUAUCCGGUGGAUCCAUCUUUACCGGAUAUUAGAAACAGUAUCUACUCGACUGAUGAGUUUCGUAUGUUUUCAUUCAAAGUUAGGCCUUGUUCGAGGGCAUACUCUCAUGACUGGACUGAGUGUCCCUUUGUUCACCCUGGAGAAAAUGCGCGCAGAAGAGACCCACGGAAGUAUCAUUACAGCUGUGUCCCCUGUCCUGACUUUAGAAAGGGUGCUUGCAGACGUGGGGAUAUGUGUGAGUAUGCUCAUGGUGUGUUUGAGUGCUGGCUGCACCCUGCUCAGUAUCGAACUCGGCUGUGCAAAGAUGGUACAAGCUGUGCCAGGCAAGUUUGUUUCUUUGCUCACACACAGGAAGAGCUUCGUCCAUUGUAUGUCUCCACUGGUUCUGGUGUUCCUUCUCCUAGAUCAGCAGCCUCGGCCCCUAAUUUCAUGGACAUGGCUGCAGCCUUAAGUCUUCUGCCAGGCUCUCCCACAUCACAAUCUGUGAUCUCUCCUGCAUUUAAUCAAGCCAUGUCUCCUACGGCAAAUGGAAUGACUCACCCCUCUGCGGCAUGGCCUCAGCCAAAUGUUCCCACACUUCAUCUUCCCGGCAGCAACUUCCAGUCUAGUCGCUUGAGGUCUUCCAUUAGUGCCCGUGAUAUCCCACCUGAUGAUCUGAAUACAAUGCGAGGGGACUACGACACCCAGCAACUGCUUCUGAGUGAAUCAGCAUGUUUUUUGCAGCCACGCCCGAAUUCUUCUGUAUUGAAUGGUUCCAUCCGCCCCAAGGCAACACUAACUCCGUCCAAUCUGGAUGAGCUUUUUUCCGCUGAGAUGGCAUUGUCGCCAAGGUUGUCUGACCAGGCAGCAGCUUUUGGUGUUUUUUCUCCUUCACAUAAAGCCGCUGUUCGGAAUCAGUUUCAACAGCAGCCAAGCAUUUUGCCACCUGUUAACACUAAUGUUUUUUCUCCUAGACAUGUCGAGCACCCUAUGUUGCAGGCUUCUUUUGGUGUCUCUUCUCCACGGAUGUCUCCAAGAAGCAUGGAUCCGGCCUCUCCAAUGAGCGCUCAUAUUCCAGCUUUCGCUCAGCGUGAGAGGCAGCAGCAGCAUAUGCGCAGCCUCAGUUCCCGAGAUCUUGGAUCCAACCGUGCUCCCAUGGUUGGAUCACCCACUGCUGCUGCUGCUGCUGCUGCUGCUUGGCCCAAGUGGGAGUCCCCUAAUGGAAAAGUUGAUUGGUCUGUUGCUGGGGACAGUCAGGGUCGAAUGAAGAGAUCUUGCUCGUUCAAAAACAAGAACGAUGAAGAAGAGCCGGACUUAUCAUGGGUGCAGUCUCUCGUAAAAGAAUCACCACCUGAGAUGAUGGACAAGACGGCAGCCCCCUCUUCGGGUGCGAGUGCAACCCCAUCCGGUGAGUGUUUAAGAUCAAAUACUCAAAUUGACUCUGUAGAUCACUCGGUUUUAGGUGCUUGGCUCGAGCAGAUGCAACUUGAUCAACUCGUAGUCUAGCUAACCGGUAAUAUAUGAACUCAUUUCUGCUGAAGAACCUAAGCAUUUUAUUUUUAGGAAGCAUAUAAAAAAUCUUUGAGCUCACUUUUUUGCUGUUGGAAGAGGUGCAAACUCAGAAACAUAGCAAGCAAUGCUAGAGUUUGGAAGUUGUUUUAUGGGUAACAAGUGAAUUCAAUUUUCCUAAUGCAAUCCCAAUUAUUUAUUGAU